AUGCAGACCAUAGAACACGUCUGUUCAUUCGAUUUCUUAAUAAUUGUAUUUUGUCCAGAGAUUAUAAAUGGCCUGGACAUGACUGCUGUUCAUUGUCUUGACACAAGGUCUCAAAAAUGGAAAAAACCUGACAAAAUUAUUGGAUCAGCCAAGAGCAUCGUUAGUUUUAGAAAAGAGAAACGAUUAUAUAUCCUUCAAACUGACGGCAAACUAUGGGAAGUUAACCAAGAAGAAGUAAGUAGUGUAAGGUUAAAGUUGCUUAAGAGACUUUGGAAUGGAAAUAUCAAAAUGUAUGGCGUCAUCAACAUUAACGAGUUCCUUUAUUUUAUUACGGGCUGA